AUGUCAGAACGUAAAAGUGUGCAGAAAUAUUAUCCAAAGGACUUUAACCCAGAUGAAUUCAAGAAUAUAAGCAAGAAGUUGGGCAAGAAAUUGAAAAACAACAACAGUAAUGUUCAAACAGUUCGAUUGAUGGUGCCAUUUACCAUAAGUUGUUUAAAAUGUUCUGAGUUUAUUCACAAGGGGAAAAAGUUCAAUGCUAAAAAACAUGUUACAAAUGAAAGAUAUUUAAACAUCAAGAUCUAUCAGCUAUGUAUUAGAUGUCCUCGAUGUAAUAAUGAAAUCAAGUACAAGACAGAUCCUAAAAGUGGUGAUUAUAUAAUGGAAGUGGGGGGCAAGAGAAAUUAUGUCCCACAGAACAACAAGACAGAGGUGUAUAAAGAUGAGACCUUGGAAGAAACAUUGGAUCGAUUGGAGAAAGAAGAAAAAGAGGAAAACGAAAGACUCAUGAGCAAAGAGAAGAACGGGAUGAAAAACGACAGUGCAAUUGAAAGAUUGGAAAACAAAAUCAGAGAAAACGAAAAAAACCAGCGAGCACAGGAGGAGUUGAGCUCCAUUUUGCAGCGGAACGCAGCGGCAGAGACGCAG